AUGUCCGCAGAUUUCUGGGCUGGUUACAUUAGUGGUGCCAUCAGUAUUAUAAUCGGCAAUCCUCUUGAUCUCCUCAAGGUCCGUCUCCAAGCCUCGAGCUCAUCACGUGCCAAUGGUCUCUCUCCGAUUCUCACCCCGCUCACUUCUACUCCGCCUACUACCGCUUUCUCAACCCCUAGCUCCCUUAUCCGUGGAACUGCCGCACCCAUUCUCUCAACAGGUGCUCUCAACGCCCUUCUCUUUGUAACUUAUAACAGAACACUCUCGUUGCUCCACCCUACUUACACCCCCAACCGUCCGGAAUCCGUAUCCCUAUUCUCGACCUUUCUUGCAGGCACUAUUGGUGGUCUCUGUUCCUCUAUUGUUUCUACCCCAACAGAAUUGAUAAAAUGUCGCGCUCAGCUCUCUAACCCUCCCGUCUCUUCCCUUGCGAUAGCUCGCUCUAUUGUAUCUACAACCGGAAUCCGGGGUCUGUAUUUCGGAGGUGUAGUUACCGCGUUGAGAGAUAGUAUAGGUUACGGGUUUUAUUUUUGGAGCUAUGAGUUAUCAUCGCGUCUUUACACUUCUUACGUUCUCUCAUCAUCGCCAGGAAUGGAGGAUACUACCAGUUCUAGGGACGAAGCAAUCAAAAUUCUUCUCUGCGGUGGCGUAGCCGGUGUGGUGACAUGGGCUAGUGUUUUCCCCCUUGACGUUGUAAAAACAAGACUGCAAACUCAAAUUCUCUCUCCUGCAUCGGUUACGGAAACCACACCCCUUCUUAUCGGAUCUCCACCAUGUAAUCCCAGAGGAGCCUUAGAAAUAGCAAGACUAGCAUACCACAAUGAAGGCAUGGGUGUGUUUUUCAGGGGACUUGGUGUAUGUAGUUUUAGGGCUUUCAUUGUGAAUGCAGCACAGUGGACAGCAUAUGAGUGGAUUAUGAGGGAGCUGGGGGCCAAAGGUGGGAUCGAUACUGGCGUCAAGGACAGAGGCAAGAGUGAGAUUCUGAUUUAG